AUGGACAACAAAUUAAAAGUCGCCAUCCUAAUUAUCUCGGACACAGCCUCGGAAGACCCGGCCUCCGACAAGGUAGUCAAUGCACUGGCGCCUAUCUUGGCCGCAGAAGGGAAGUGGGAACCCCCCGCAUUCAAGAUCGUCCCCGACGAUGUACUCCAGAUCCAGGAGUCUAUACGCAACUGGACCGAUGGCCCUGAUUGGUAUAACCUUAUUCUUCUCAGCGGAGGGACAGGUUUUGCCAUCAAGGACAACACUCCUGAGGCAGUGACUCCCCUGAUACAGCGCCAUGCUCCGGGCCUAGUACACGGCAUGCUAGCUGCCUCUCUCAAAGUAACCCCCUUUGCUAUGAUGGCCAGACCAGUUGCCGGUGUGCGUGAAAAAUCUUUGAUUAUUACCUUACCUGGGUCACCAAAAGGAGCCAUGGAAAACCUCGAUGCUGUCGUUAAGCUUCUGCCACAUGCAUGCUUACAGUCUGCGGGGGCCAAUUCGCGCAAUCUCCAUGCUGGAGGUGUGACAAAGCUGGAAGCAGAGGCUGGCGUUGAUGAUCGUCAGCAUCGGCAUCAUCACCACCACCAUCACCACCACCAUGGCCAUGAUCAUGGUGGUCAUGGACAUAAGGUUCCCAGGGCUCACACGUCGCCGUCAGAAAGACCACAAUCAAACGACCCUAGUGCGGGCCCUAAUCGGCGCUAUCGCUCUUCACCUUACCCAAUGCUGUCUGUAGACGAAGCGCUUCGCCGGAUCAAUGAGCAAACCCCUGAGCCGGAAGUCAUCGAAGUCCCAGUCACCACGUCCUUGAUUGGCUCGGUGAUUGCUGAAGACGUCUAUGCCGGGGAAGCCGUACCAGCAUAUCGAGCCAGUAUUGUUGAUGGCUAUGCCAUCAUCGCACCGGACUCUAGCUCAACUGGCCCGUCCACGAAGGGGAUUUUCCCCGUAGCGUCCAUCACUCAUGCCAACGUCGGUGGAAACCUACAAUCCCUACAACCGGGUACCAUCGCUAGAAUCACCACGGGAGCCCCUCUACCUCCCAACGCAAAUGCCGUUGUCAUGGUCGAAGACACAGCCCUGAAUACCAGCACACCCGACGGCCAAGAAGAAGCCACAGUUGAAAUCCUCGCCGACGACAUCGAACCCGGCGAGAACGUCCGCGAGCCCGGCAGCGACGUAAGCCUAGGCUCCAAAAUCCUCGCCCGCGGCGACCUCAUCAGUCCCGUCGGGGGCGAACUCGGCCUCCUAGCAUCAACCGGCACAAGAACCGUCAAAAUCUUCCGCAAACCCCGCGUCGGCGUCCUAAGCACAGGCGACGAGCUCGUAGAACACAACGACCCGCGUCCCCUAACAGGCGGCCAAAUUCGGGACUCAAACCGCCCCUCCCUCCUCUCCUGCCUGAACUCCUGGGGCUUCGAAACCGUCGACCUAGGCAUCGCCCGCGACACGCCAGCCAGCGACCUAGAGCAAGCACUGCGCGACUCCCUACGCGGCAUCGGCCGCGUAUCCGCCAGCGUAGACGUGAUCAUCACAACAGGCGGCGUCUCAAUGGGUGAGCUAGACCUCCUGAAACCGACGAUUGAACGCUCCCUAGGCGGAACCAUCCACUUCGGCCGCGUCGCCAUGAAACCCGGUAAACCAACCACCUUCGCAACAGUCCCGUUCAAAGCAUCCGGCGAUGCUUCCUCCCAGCAGGAACGCCAAUCAAAACUCAUCUUCUCGCUGCCCGGGAACCCGGCUUCGGCGCUCGUUACUCUCAACCUAUUCGUUCUGCCAUCAUUGCACAAGCUCGCUGGCCUGGGACACAGCUCGCAGGCGCUCAGUUCGAGGCCUUGGCUUGCGCCGCAGCUUGGUCUGCCGCGUGUUGCGGUUGUACUGACGCAUGCUUUCCCACUUGAUCCUAAGAGGACGGAGUAUCAUCGGGCUGUUGUUACGGCUUCGCGGUCGGAUGGGAGGUUGUAUGCGACGAGUACGGGGGUUGAGGGUGCUGGACAGCGGUCUUCGAAGGUUGGGAGUUUGGCUAAGGCGAAUGCUUUGGUUGUGCUAAGGGCUGGACGGGGGGUUUGUAUAAGGGGUGAGAUUGUGGAGGCUUUGUUGAUGGGGGAUGUGCAUGGUUCGGAUACGAGGGUCAUUUGCUGA